AUGAACUAUAUCCAGCUGGAGAAGCUCGGCGAGGGGACGUAUGCGACGGUCCACAAGGGUCGAUCGCGCAUCACGAACGAGCUGGUCGCCCUGAAGGAGAUUCACUUGGACGCGGAAGAGGGCACCCCUUCGACCGCCAUUCGAGAAAUUAGCUUGAUGAAGGAGCUCAAGCAUCCUAACAUCGUCCGACUCUACGACGUCAUCCACACCGAGUCCAAGUUGAUGCUCGUCUUCGAGUACAUGGACCUCGACCUGAAGAAGUACAUGGACAUGCACGGCGAACGAGGCGCCCUCGAACCGGCCGUUGUCCGUUCGUUCAUGUGGCAGCUCCUCAAGGGCACCGCCUUCUGCCACGACAACCGCGUCCUCCACCGCGACCUUAAGCCGCAGAACCUCCUCAUCAACAAGAAGGGCGAACUCAAGCUGGCCGACUUUGGUCUCGCGCGCGCGUUCGGGAUCCCUGUCAACACGUUCUCGAACGAGGUCGUUACGCUGUGGUACCGCGCGCCCGACGUCUUGCUGGGAUCGCGGACGUACUCGACGAGCAUCGACGUGUGGUCGGCGGGUUGCAUCAUGGCCGAGAUGAUCUCGGGCGUCCCACUCUUCCGCGGCCGCGACAACAACGACCAGCUCAGCCAGAUCAUCCGCAUCCUCGGCACACCCGACGAAGCGACGCUGCGGCGCAUCGCGUCUGAAUCCCCCGAGGUCCAGCUCCGUCCCUUCCCCCGACUGAACCGCAUCCCCUGGGCCUCGCUCUACCCGAAAGCCCACCCUCUCGCGCUCGACCUCCUCGACAAGCUCCUCCAAUUCGACCCCGCCCGCCGACUCGACUGCACCAGCGCGCUGCAUCACCAGUACUUCAGCUCGUCGGCUGCGACUCAGCAGCCGCAGUCGUCGCCGGCGCAGGAACAGCUGAGGCAGCAGCAGCUUGCGGCGCAGCAGCAGGCGCAGAUGCGGGCGGCGCAGGGUCAGCAGGGAGGGUAUCAGUGA